GACGCCUCCCAGCUGCACAAUACCGAGGUCAGGAGCAGCUUCAGGGUGAGCCCCUGCUAAACCAGAGGGCUAUGGGGAAGGUAGUGAGUGUAGCAUGAAAGCAGGACUUGAGAGAGUUGCUAGAACUAGAAGUGGGAUCUUUGGAGUGAAGGGCCAAGAGGUGAUGGGAAGAGGGUACAGCAGGGCACCACGGUGCCUGCAGCACAGCAGCCCUCUUGGGAGCAAAUCAGGAAAACCAGUGCUUGAGCAAGGACUGCCCUCAAGAAAAAGAAGGCAAGCACUGGCCUUGGCAGGGUGAGAGGGGAGGGGAGCUGGUCUUUUUCUUCCCCACUGAAAACUCCCCUUUUCCCCUUUUCUCAUCAGACAGCAGAAUCUGCUCUGGCACCUGACACCAUGGUGAGAGUGCUUGUCCUCCCUCCUCAUGUGGCUGGUUUCUUUCCUGAUUAAAAGUGAUUAGGCAGCCCUAAAGCCUGCAGAAAUGUGACCAAGGGGAACUGAGACAAAGAAUUCAUUCAAGAUCUCUUAAAUCCCUGGGGCAGUAUUUAGAGAGCCCUGAGGAGAGAACUGGAGCAUAACCGCCCUGCCAGGACCUCCCUGCCCUUCUCCCUCCUGCUGUGCCCUGUGUUGCCAACGUCUCCUCCACAAUGUCAUUCUCUGAAGCAGAGGUGCAAAGUGCCCGUGGUGCCUGGGAGAAGAUAUAUGUGGAUGCUGAGGACAAUGGUACAACUGUGCUGGUCAGGAUGUUUACCGAGCAUCCAGACACCAAGUCCUACUUCUCACACUUCAAAGGCAUGGACUCUGCUGAAGAGAUGAAACAGUCAGAUCAGAUCAGAGGGCACGGCAAGAGGGUUUUCACUGCCAUCAAUGACAUGGUGCAACACCUGGACAACUCUGAGGCUUUUCUUGGGAUAGUGAACCCACUCGGCAAGAAACAUGCCACCCAGCUGAAGAUUGACCCCAAAAACUUUAGGGUUAUCUGUGACAUUAUCUUGCAACUGAUGGAGGAGAAAUUUGGUGGAGACUGCAAAGCUUCCUUUGAGAAGGUGACCAACGAAAUCUGCACUCACCUCAACAACGCCUACAAAGAGGCAGGUUGGUGAGGCCAUGCAACCUCCAGGCUCUUCAAACGUCUUGCCAGCACUGAUUUGCUGCUUUUCGGCCUCCAGCCACAGUUGGAAAAUGAAAAAGUAAAAGAAAAAAAAGGCAAGAAAAUGGCUUAUGUAAUGUAGAUAUCAGUGUCAGUAAUUGCCUUAGCAAACUGAGUUUCUACAGCUAAAUCAAACCUGCAGAUACAUCAAAGCCAAACAACAAAUCCUGAUGUACUUUGCAGCUUCACUGCUUCAGGUGGGCUCCUCUGGCCACUGUGUUUGAAGACUACAUUUUACACUGAUGACUUUAAGCUUGAUAUCCAUGAGAGAAAGACUUGCUCCUUCCAGCAGCACCAGCCUAGAGAUGCACCAGCAGCUUUUUAUCUCAGCUAUCACUUCUUCAUCCUUAUGAACAAUGAGCAGGAAACCAUUUUCGAGCAUCUCCAGGGACUUCUUAGAGGUCACUAUUUAAGAGGCAUGAAUGUUGUUUUGUGGGUAAACCACAGCAGUGGAGGGUUUGGUGCAUUGGAAAGACUAUUGCCUGAGAAAGACACACAGAAAGUCCCAUCCUGUGUGAGCCAGAGGAGUUUCACAACCUUGGAGAGGUUCCUCUGAGCAGCUUGCAGCACAAAGGGUGACAACACCGAAUGUGGCCACCACUGGGUCACUUGGGGCAGGGAUGAACAUCUCCUGCACAUGGAUUUCACUGUGCUACUCCCAGCAAAUUGCUCUGGCCACAUGCCCAGGAAAGGGCGGUAAUAUCAGGCUUACUAGCUGCCCUCAUCCUUUCCUGUCACAAGGCCUGAGCCUCCCUUCUGCAGUAACUGGGUCCCAAACUAUUUAAUUGCUUCUCCUUAGACAUGGGGAAAUAAUCAGCUAAUAACUGCAAAUAACCACAUGUCGUUUUGCUUCAGUGUAAUGCAAUAAACACAGAGAAAGCAGAUGCAUCCUCUUAUUUAUAGCACAGAAAAGGCACUGCAAUGUACAGCAAUGGUAGCUGGUUACAGUGUGUGGUUACUAGUGGUGUGGGCGUGGGGGUUACCAAAACUAAC